UUGGAGAAGAUGGAAGGGGAGAAGCGGCCGCCGCAGGGCCCGCCCAACGAGGGCCUGUUUGCGGAUGGGCACCUGGUCCUGUGGACUCUGUGCUCUGUGCUGCUGCCGGUGUUCAUCACCUUCUGGUGUAGCCUCCAGCGGUCCCGCCGGCAGCCGCACCGCAAGGACAUCUUCCGUAAGAGCAAACACGGCUGGCAGGACACGGACCUGUUCAGUCAGCCAACCUACUGCUGCGUCUGCGCGCAGCACAUUCUGCAGGGCGCCUUCUGCGAUUGCUGCGGGCUGCGAGUGGACGAUGGCUGCGUCAAGAAGGCGGACAAGCGCUUCCCGUGCAAAGAGAUUAUGCUCAAGAAUGACAGCAGGGCCCUGGACGUCAUGCCCCACCACUGGAUCCGGGGCAACGUCCCUCUAUGCAGUUACUGUGUGGUCUGCAAGCAACAGUGUGGCAGCCAGCCCAAGCUCUGCGAUUACAGGUGCAUUUGGUGUCAGAAAACAGUACAUGAUGAAUGCAUGAAAAAUAGCUUAAAGAAUGAAAAGUGUGAUUUUGGAGAAUUCAGAAACAUCAUCAUUCCACCAAGUUAUUUAACCUCCAUCAAUCAAAUGCGUAAAGACAAAAAGACAGAUUAUGAAGUGCUAGCCUCGAAGCUUGGAAAGCAAUGGGCCCCACUAAUCAUCCUGGCCAAUUCCCGAAGUGGGACUAACAUGGGAGAAGGGCUGUUGGGAGAAUUUAGGAUCCUGUUAAAUCCAGUCCAGGUUUUUGAUGUCACAAAAACUCCCCCCAUCAAAGCCCUCCAACUUUGUACUCUUCUUCCCUAUUACUCCGCUCGAGUACUUGUUUGUGGAGGGGAUGGGACUGUGGGCUGGGUCCUGGAUGCAGUGGAUGAAAUGAAGAUUAAGGGACAAGAAAAAUACAUUCCACAAGUGGCCGUCUUGCCUCUGGGAACAGGCAACGAUCUCUCUAACACACUGGGUUGGGGAACAGGCUAUGCUGGAGAAAUCCCAGUGGCACAAGUUCUAAGAAAUGUCAUGGAAGCAGAUGGAAUUAAACUAGAUCGAUGGAAAGUUCAGGUAACAAAUAAAGGAUACUACAAUUUAAGAAAAUCCAAGGAGUUCACAAUGAACAACUAUUUUUCUGUUGGACCUGAUGCUCUCAUGGCCCUCAAUUUUCAUGCUCAUCGUGAGAAGGCACCAUCUCUGUUUUCUAGCAGAAUUCUUAAUAAGGCUGUUUAUUUAUUCUAUGGGACCAAAGAUUGUUUAGUGCAAGAAUGCAAAGAUUUGAAUAAAAAAGUUGAGCUAGAACUGGACGGUGAGCGAGUAGAGCUACCAGAUUUGGAAGGCAUUAUAGUUCUGAACAUUGGCUACUGGGGCGGAGGCUGCCGACUCUGGGAAGGGAUGGGUGAUGAGACCUACCCUCUAGCCAGGCAUGAUGAUGGUUUACUGGAAGUCGUUGGAGUGUACGGGUCUUUCCACUGUGCUCAGAUUCAGGUGAAGCUGGCAAAUCCCUUUCGAAUCGGACAGGCACACACAGUGCGGGUAGUUUGGGACAGAAAGACACAGGAAGUGAUUGAUGACCCCCUCGCAGAGGACAUAGGGGCUAGUGUGCCCUGCCAAGACCAGCUCCCUGCCCCCUACCCUGCAUGGGAGGGUGGGAUGGUGCCGUACCUGUAUGGCAGCUUCAAAUCUCAGCUCCCGGGGUGA